AUGCAGAAUGUUUGUGCCAUCGAAAAUGGGCUCCUGGUCAUCGAUAUUACUAAGAUAGCGCCACUGCGCAUCAGUAAAAUCAUCUCGUGCCGAGCACACAACGAUGCAGGAGUCGACGUGAAAACCUAUUCUCUCGACCGUCUUUGUGGGGACGAAGCUCACAUCGUGAGAUUGAAGAGUUCAAACUCAAGCCAAAAGAAAUUUGAGGUCGAAUUCAAGUCGGCGCUGCCGGAGUUGUGCUCGUAUUGGUCCUUCGAGCGGUGCCACGAGUACGCUCAACAUCCGUGCGUCGGCAUCGCGGGGGAAUUCUGGAUCACCAACUCCUCUGGGGCGCAGAGAGGUGCAUCGUGUAGGUCACCGCAGGGAUUCAAGCCGGUCGAGACAAAGUUCUUCGAUAAUCAUGUUUUGUCAAGAGAUGUUACAAUAAACUUUUAUACAUCGUCAUCAACCACAACCGAAGACCCGAAGGUCGAUGCACCAUCGGAGGUAGGAAAUCUACAGGUGCUGCUGCCCUCGGUGACGCUGUUGCUGCUGCUGCUGCCGCUCGGCAUUUGGGUGGCCAAGCAGCCGAGCACAUCACGGCUGCCGAGCUCGCGCGCGGCGCUCUCUAGUGAGACGACGACGACCGCUGACGGCAGCGCGGGACGCAUGCUGGCGCUGGGGGUGGUGAGCUCGUCGGCGUCUGUGGCCCCGACGCUGCUCGUCGAGAAUCCUGGAUACCAGCAGGCAACUUCUGCUCCUGUGCCGGUUAUUCCCAACGAUACGCUGAAGUUCGACCGGCCGCUGGGAGAAGGAGCCUUCGGCGUGGUAUACUUCGGCACCAUGGAUACUCCGCUGCGUGACGCCCCGCUGCCUGUAGCUCUGAAGACGCUGCACGCCGUGGGUGCCAGCGUGCACCAGGAGGUGGAGCGCGAGGCUGCGACACUGAGCAGCCUUAAGCACGACCACAUCGUCACCUUCUACGGCGUGUGCUAUGACUCCUCGCCUAUGGUUAUGGUCUUCGAGUAUAUGGAGCAGGGGGACCUCAACAACUAUCUAAGGGAACACAACGAAGACUCAGGCGUUGCCGACUACUUAACAGCUCCGUUGUCUGUAAUGGAUGACUUGCAAAUUGCCGUGCAAAUUGCUGCCGGCAUGAGUUACCUCGCUUCACAGCAUUUCGUGCAUCGUGACUUGGCGACAAGAAAUUGCCUGGUUGGCAAAAAUCUGCUUGUCAAAAUUGGCGAUUUCGGAAUGUCCAGAGAUAUUUACAUGUCAGAUUACUACACUUUUGGGUGCGAAGCAAUGCUGCCAGUUCGCUGGAUGCCACCAGAGAGCAUCUUAUACCGACGGUUCACAAUAGACAGCGACGUGUGGAGCUUCGGAGUUCUGCUCUGGGAGAUCUUCACUGGCGGCCAACAACCGUGGUAUGGCUACAGCAACCAGGAGGUUAUAACAAAAAUCACAGCUGGUCACGUAUUGCCUUGUCCUGAGAAGUGCCCAGAUGACAUGUACGUCAUCAUGAAGAAAUGCUGGGUGAAAAAUCCGAGCGAGAGGCCGAACAUGUCAGCCUUGCACCAGUCCAUUCUCUCCCUCACUAAACUCGAUAACUGCAUCCACAUCGGCUCGCUCGACUAGACUAAGG